CCUUGGCGUCGCCGUCCACGUCGCGGCGGGAGAGCGAGCACCGGGACGGCGGCGUCCUGGAGACCCCAGAGAGAUGGAAGCUGCGGCGCCGACGGCGGCCGAGGCAACGGAGCACGAGGAGCUAGAUAUGGAUGUAAUGAGACCCUUGAUAAAUGAGCAAAACUUUGAUGGCACAUCAGAUGAAGAAAAUGAACAAGAACUCCUUCCUGUUCAGAAGCAUUACCAACUUGAUGAUCAUGAGGGCAUUUCGUUUGUACAGACUCUUAUGCAUCUCCUUAAAGGAAAUAUUGGAACUGGUCUUUUAGGACUUCCAUUGGCAAUAAAAAAUGCAGGCAUAGUGCUUGGACCAAUCAGCCUUGUGUUUAUAGGAAUUAUUUCUGUUCACUGUAUGCACAUACUGGUACGUUGCAGUCACUUUCUAUGUCAGAGGUUUAAAAAAUCAACAUUAAGUUAUAGUGACACUGUGAGUUUUGCUAUGGAAGUGAGCCCAUGGAGUUGUCUUCAGAAGCAAGCAUCAUGGGGACGGAGUGUGGUUGACUUUUUUCUGGUGAUAACACAGCUGGGAUUCUGUAGUGUUUAUAUUGUCUUCUUAGCUGAAAAUGUGAAGCAAGUUCAUGAAGGAUUUUUGGAGAGUAAAGUGUUUGUUUCAAACAGUACCAAUGCAUCAAAUUCAUGUGAGAGAAGAAGUGUUGACCUAAGGAUAUAUAUGCUUUGCUUUCUUCCAUUUAUAAUUCUUUUGGUCUUCAUCCGUGAGCUAAAGAAUCUAUUUGUACUUUCAUUUCUUGCCAACAUUUCCAUGGCUGUCAGUCUUGUGAUAAUUUACCAAUACAUCAUUAGGAAUAUGCCAGAUCCUCACAACCUUCCAGUCGUGGCUGGUUGGAAGAAAUACCCACUCUUUUUUGGUACUGCUGUGUUUGCUUUUGAAGGCAUAGGAGUGGUUCUUCCACUGGAAAACCAAAUGAAAGACUCAAAACGCUUUCCCCAAGUAUUGAAUAUUGGCAUGGGAAUUGUUACAACUUUGUAUGUAACAUUAGCUACCUUAGGAUAUAUGUGUUUCCAUGAUGAAAUCAAAGGCAGCAUAACUUUAAAUCUUCCCCAAGAUGUAUGGUUAUAUCAAGCAGUGAAAAGUCUCUAUUCCUUUGGCAUUUUUGUGACAUACUCAAUUCAGUUCUAUGUUCCAGCAGAGAUCAUUAUUCCUGUUGUUGUAUCCAAAUUUCACACUAAAUGGAAGCAAAUCUGUGAAUUUGGGAUAAGAUCCUUCUUGGUUACUGUUACUUGUGCUGUGGCCAUUCUGAUUCCUCGUUUAGACAUCGUGAUUUCUCUUGUUGGCGCCGUGAGCAGCAGUACAUUGGCUCUGAUUCUGCCGCCUGUGGUUGAAAUUUUUACGUUUUCAAAGGAACAUUACAAUAUAUGGAUGAUCCUAAAAAAUAUUUCUAUAGCAUUCAUUGGAGUUGUUGGUUUCCUAUUAGGUACCUAUGUAACUGUAGAAGAAAUUAUCUAUCCAGCUCCCAAAGUCAUAGCUAACACUGCGCAAACUCUCUCUUUAAAUUCAAAUACAACGUGUUUGACACCUGGUUUGAAAUAGUGGAAGCAGAAUUAUGAGUCUUUUACUUCUGUCUAAAUUUGGAAAAUUAAAUUAGGAAAAUGCAUUGUCAUAUACUUAAAAAUAGAACCAAACCCUGCUUUCUUGUGGUACAAUAUUAGUAUUUUGGCAGUAAAUUAUAAUUCUUUGCCAUUCGUGAUAGAUCCUUUAAGUAUUAGCAAUAAUUUUUUAAGAAAUUUAAUUUUGAAAAUUGAAAAAA